AUGCUCGAGCUCGAGCUGCUUGAGUCUGGUAUUAAGCUGACGAGAUCCUGGAACCGGAGAGAGCUUUCGCAGGGAACCCCCGAAAACCAGAGCCCAGAAGCUACAGAAAUGGGAUUCUCUAAUUCGCAACCACAAGGACGAUCUCGCAACGAUUUUGACAUUCGAGAACGGCAAGCCGCUGAAAGAAUCAGAGAGGCAGAGAGAAUUGGUGGAACUGUCCACACCCCUUCAGCACCCAACCGACGUGUGUUGACAAUCAAGCAGCCCAUCGGAGUAUGCGUUGCGCUUGUGCCAUGGAACUUUCCUGUUGCCAUGGCGGUCAGGAAGGCUGCUGCGGCGCUGGCGGCAGGAUGCAACACAAUCGUGAAGCCAUCACCGGAGACGCCCUUAUCGAUUCUGACACUUGUGUAUCUGGCAGAGUUGGCUGGCUUUGAACGAGGAGUCUUGAAUGUGUUGACAACCAGCCUCGUCAACACACCCAAGCUCAGUGAGGCCCUUCGUCGACAUCCGCUGGUGAGAAAAGUCACCUUCACUGGGUCGGCGCGAAUUGGGACAGUCGUGUCCGAGAUUUGCUCGGAUGGCAUCACGAAGUUGACCCUUGAGUUGGGCGGGGACUGUCCUUUCCUUCAUCAUUUCUGGCUCUUUAGGCUGACGGCAACAGCCCUUUGCCAUCUCAAAUUCAGGCACGCGGGUCAAUCCUGCGUAUGUGUUAAUCGAUGUUACGUUCAAGCUGAAGUAUAUGACAAAGUCAUCGCCCUCCUGGUUGACUGGGUUAGAAUGCUGGUUGCAGGUCACGGCACAGCACCUGAAACGACAAUGGGACCCUUGAACACGGAGCAGGGUGUUCUCAAUCUUGAAGCACAUGUCAAAGACGCUGUGAACAAAAGAAAUGGUGUGGUAGCAUCUGGCGGCCAUCGUCUGCCUGGUGCAAGGGGAUACUUUUUUGAACCUACAAUCACCCUCAACGCCGGCGCUGAUAUGCUGGUAGCACGUGAGGAUACUUCCGGACCAAUUCUGGCUGUUUGCAAAUUCGAAACUGAAGAGCAGGUCGUGAGAGAAGCUAAUAACACCGAUAGCUCUGAUGAGCUCCCUCGAAGCUUCCUACUCUCCCUUGAACAGCAAAUUGUUCAAGCAGAGGCUGACUUAGCCAUCAAGGGACGGCUUGACACUGUCAAUGCGCCUCGAUCCCAGUUGGAAUGGUCUUCAGUUGCUCACGAUGAGUGCGGACAGUAUGAGCCAUCGGGGUCGAAUAGACGGCCAAGCGACGACCUUGCGAAUGCUGCUCGCCCAGCAAACAGAGCGUCGACGGUGGUGAACAACGAUGAGCUCUCGCGUGUGAAAAUCCUAUCAAGCCCUGUCAUGCAAUCACUUGUUUCAGCCUCCAUGCCUAGUGGCUCAGGAGCAACCGAAUUGUUAAUGCGAGUCCGUCUGGGCAUGACACCCUCACUGUCUCAGACCGGUCAAAGAGGGACAAAUCCCGUCGCCUCACACAGGAAUGACGGCAAUAAGGUCGAUGCAAGCGUUCUUGCUCGUGUGCCCCCGGAAAUCGUACGUGCGCUCGUCCGCAAGUACUUCUCAGUCUUCCAACCACACUAUCCACUUAUCGAUGCCGAUGCACUUCGUCGGCACGUCGAAGUUGUUGGUUCAAGUCUUGGGUGGCCAUUGCAGCAGCAUGAGAGCCAUGACAGCGAAAUUUAUCGCCUUGUGGUGCCCUCACAUCACUUUCUCAUCGCUUAUCUGGUGCUUGCCAUUGCGCUCACAGUCGAUACCAUCGAUGCUGUGCACGAAACUCGUUGCAUGUCCCUCUCGACGUCAUUGUUCACCGAAGGCGUUGCUCACUUGAACAGCCUGAGCACCUGCCCUUCGGACAUCACUUGGGUCCAAGCCAUCCUCCUUGCUACCCUGUAUGCAACCAUUGUGCCGCGAUCUGCCAAUGUAUGGGUGCUUUCUGGCGUCGCCAUGCGCACCUGCGUAGAACUUGGCCUCCACCGGGAGCUUCCCACAGGUAUUAUGGCAUCGCAUGGUCCUGACGAUAAGGAGACGCGUCGUUUGGUGUUCUGGACGGCUUAUUGCAUUGAUCGCAGCAUUUGCUCCUCGCUACAGAGACCAUUGACCACGCUGGACGCGACCAUUGAUACGCAAUUACCUAAAGAUAGCGCUUCAGAGGCCUUCCUCGGCUCAAUUGAAUACCACCAGUUGUUGUCCGAGAUGACGCAAAUUCACUUCCAGGCCGAACCUUUGCCUCAGCAAUUCGACUGGGACGGCUGGCUGACCGAUAUGGAGCGCAGAUUGAGGCAAUGGCACUUACAGCGCCGCAGCGACACUAAAUCGAUCGAGUCGCCCGACUUCGCACUCUCUCGAGGACUCAUGAUUUUGCACCGGCCCUCGCCGCGGGUGCCACGACCGUCAGAAGCAAGUCUGCUGAUGUCGUUUGAGGCUGCAUGCACUGCAGCUUGUGCGUAUCGCGAACAAAUUGCCUCUGGCUCAUUACGGCGAUUAUGGAUAUCAGCACAUUACACGCUUGAAGCGGCCAUGGUGGUGCUGUUCUGUCUACGGCACGGCUGUAACUCUAUACGGACGAAAUUUGCACCACACAAAAUCCUGGACAUGACCAAGCUGCUUACGGUCAAUUUUGUCAUGAUUGCGGACCAAGGCUGGCCAGAAGCGUCUGCAUACGCAGGCAUCUACGAGCGCCUCCUAGGCACCCUCCUCGAGCCUGUCUUGUCCCCGUCGGCGUUGUCAUGUUUUUCUCCGGCACAGGAUGCCGAACUACUUCGUCUACUGUACCCAAGUCCAGCGCGACUGGAGAAGCUGCGCCUAGGUCACAACAUCCAGCAAGCAGAGGGGGAUUGGCCCCUCGAUUCUGAUAUCUGGGACACAUCUUGGCAGCUUUUUGACUUUGAAUCUCUGGCCGAACCCACUUUUGACCAAGAGACUGAACUAUUUAAUACCUCGCAGUGGAUAUUGUCAGACAAUACUGGAGCGCUCGACUUGGAAUCUGCUUUUAUGACAUAUGAUCCUCAUGAAAACUUCUAG